CCGCCAGCUUCUUCCAGAAGUUUCCUCUCUGCGGUUGGCGGUCUGCCUCGGCAGCCCCGACAGUCUAGUCAUCGAUAUCUCGGUCGACACGCGGGUCUGACGUCUGUUCGUUCCAUUUGGGUGACACUUGCCUCCUGGUCUUUGGCAUGGAGUGGAAAGUCGUAUCGAAGUGAGCCUGGUCAGCCUAAUAACCCUUUACCUGGAGCUAGCUCGGAAGCUACCGAGAACCAAGUGCCGUUGAAGCCCAUGCAGGCGGCGGCUCCUCUUGGAAUGUCUGGUUUUCUCGAGACGUGGCCGAAGAAGUAAGUCUUUGCGAUGGGUAAAGACUACUACAAGGUGCUGGGAAUAGCCAAGGGUGCGUCAGAAGACGAAAUCAAGAAAGCGUACAGGAAGCAGGCCCUCCGCUAUCACCCGGACAAGAACAAGUCCGCUGGUGCUGAGGACAAAUUUAAGGAGAUAGCAGAAGCCUACGACGUCCUCAGCGACACCAAGAAGAAAGACAUUUACGACCGAUAUGGCGAAGAAGGGCUUAAGGGCUCCGGUGUUGGUGGUGGCGGGGGCCACAGCGGCUCCACGUACAACUACACCUUCCACGGCGACCCCCACGCCAUGUUUGCCGAGUUCUUCGGCGGCCGCGGCCCCUUCGACCAUUUCUUCUCACAGAACGGUGGCGACGACACGGUGGACGCCGCCGACCCUUUUGCCGCCUUCGGGAUGGGCGGCUUCCAGCGGCCCUUCAAGUCGCACCAGGGCGGCCCCCACGUCACCCGCGAGAGGCAGAAGGACCCGCCGGUGGUGCACGAGCUGAAAGUGAGCCUGGAGGAGGUCUUCGCCGGCUGCACCAAGAAGAUGAAGAUCUCCCGCAAGAGGCUGAACCCCGACGGGCGAACCACACGUAGUGAGGACAAGAUUUUGUCGGUGGACAUCAAGCGUGGCUGGAAAGAGGGAACAAAGAUCACCUUCCCCCGCGAGGGCGACGAGACCCCCACUAACAUUCCCGCCGACGUGGUGUUUGUCGUGAAAGACAAACCUCACCCCGUGUUCAGGAGGGAGGGCUCCGAUAUUAUUUACCCUGCCAAAAUAUCACUCCGUGAUGCCCUGUGCGGGUGCACGGUCAGCGCACCGACGCUGGACGGUCGCACCAUCACGGUAACGUCGCGCGACGUGGUGAAGCCGGGCACCAAGAAGCGCAUUGCCGGCGAGGGCCUGCCACUGUCCAAGUGGCCUGACAAGCGAGGUGACAUGAUCCUGGACUUCUGCGUCAAGUUCCCUGACAAGCUGGGCCAAAACACACGCGACGCUCUCAGGCAGGUCCUCCCGCCGUGAUGCGGAACACUGCUUCCUUCGCGUUGUUCUUCAGGGUGCUGUGACUUGGAAACUUAACCUGGUCUGUCGAUGACUCAGGGCUGCUUUGCUUUGACUUUAAUCAAAACUCCAAAAACGUCUUAAACAUAAGACCAUAGAAGUGAUUUAUUCAAGGACAUUUUUUGUGGGGCGGGGCUGAGUGUGAACCAACACUGCCAGAGUUUGGGAUCCUUUUAUCUCAUACAUGUCUUUUAUUAGCACAGACUAACACUUAACACUCUGUAGAGUGAAAACCAGUAAUGGUGCUUGGAUGCCCCGAUAGUCAUAAUAUUACAAGACAAAUGGCGUGAUGAUGCAAAAAAGAAAA